AUGUCUUAUUUUAGACCCACCACGCCAAAUGCCUCCAAAACCAACUUUGAUGAGUUUCGGUGGGUGAUUCAAAUACGUGAAACUCUUAAUGAAGGGCAUGAAGAUGAUGAUCAAUUCCCAGUGUCCAUCUUCAAUGUGCCUAAGCCCCUUAUGGCUACUGAUCCAGAUUCUUAUAUCCCUCAACAAGUUGCUAUAGGUCCUUAUCAUUAUUGGAGUCAAGAACUCUAUGAGAUGGAGAGAUAUAAAAUUGCAUCAGCAAAAAGAUUCCAAGAACAACUACAAAGCCUCAAGUUAGAACACAUGGUUGACCAAUUGAUAAGGUUAGAACAUAGGAUAAGAGCAUGCUACCACAGGUACUUAAAUUUUAAUGGCGAAACAUUGAUGUGGAUGAUGGCAAUUGAUGCCUCAUUUUUGCUUGAAUUCCUUCAAGUUUAUACCAUUCAUGAUGGAGCAAUGAUACCAGGAGUUUCAUCAAGAAUGUCUCACUUGAUGGAUUAUGCAGGGAGAAGAAUUGCUCACAAUGAAAUCUUGAAGGACAUAGUAAUGCUUGAAAACCAACUUCCACUAUUUGUGUUGAGAAAGAUGUUAGAGUUCAAAUUCUCAUCACUAGAAUUAGCAGAUGACAUGCUACUUUCAAUGUUACUAGGAUUGCUUAAAGAACUUUCUCCUUUCAAGGUGAUAGAGAAGGACUGUCCAGAGGUCAUUGUCUCAGAGUGUGCACAUUUGCUAGAUUUUUUGUAUGCCAUGAUUGUGCCUAAAUUGGAAGAACAAACAGAUCUAGUACAAUUGGAGGAUCAACACAGAGAUAAGGAGGACAGUGAAAAAUCAAUUGUGAACUAUGUCAAGCAAUUUCUCGGUGAGGUUUGGAGGGUACUUUCAAAAUUGGCUACAGCAUUAAUAAGCUUAAUUAACAAAGUCCUACAAUGUAGAGCCAUGAAAAUUAUCACUCUGUUGCCUUGGACAGUCAUUUCUAACCUUCCUGGAGUAGGACUUAUAAAACAACCUGUUGAAUACUUAUUUUUCUCUCAGGAUAAAGAAGCAACCGAAGAAGAAAAUGGGAAUUUGAGCUCAGAGAAUGUCAUGAACAAACCACCCUUAAUGGAGGAAAUUGCCAUUCCUUCAGUCACAGAACUCUCAAAGUCCGGGGUUUGUUUCAUGGCCACCAAUGGAGACAUAUCAACUAUUGGAUUUGACGUAAAAACAGUAACACUGUACCUUCCAACAAUUGGUUUAGACUUAAACAGUGAAGUGUUGUUGAGAAACUUAGUUGCUUAUGAAGCGUCAACUGCAUCAGGGUCAUUGGUUUUCACCCGUUACACUGAACUGAUGAAUGGGAUUAUAGACUCUGAGGAGGAUGCAAAGAUUCUUAGAGAAAAAGGGGUUAUUUUGAACCGGUUGAAGAGUGAUGAAGAGGUGGCUAACUUGUGGAAUGGGAUGAGCAAGUCCAUUAAAUUGACAAGGGUGCCAUUCUUGGAUAAAGUCAUUGAAGAUGUUAACCAGCAUUACAAUGGCAGGAUGAAUAUCAAAGUGUGGAAAUUCAUAAAGCUUUAUGUAUUUGCUUCAUGGAAAUUUCUGACAUUCUUUGCUGCCAUCUUCCUCUUGUUCUUGAUGUCCUUGCAAGUGUUCUGCUCUUUCUAUAAAUGCAAUCGCAGAAGUCAAGUCAGUGUGACUAAAUGA